AUGGCUUACAACUACAAUCCAAAAAACUCUUACCCGUACCCACAACCAGCAGUCGGAUUGUAUGGAGUCGGAGUCGGAGCUGGAGUCGGAUACGUCGCACCACCAAUUGUGUCAGUGCAAGCAGUUGCACCCGUUCCAAUGGUCACUCGAUGGUCCCGCAACCAUACAGUGCCCCACAACCGUUUGUCGUUUACAAGGAACCGUAUUACCAUCACCAUCACCAUUGCUAAUUGUGACGUGUUUCUAAAUGAUUUUGUUUCUGUUGAAAUGUGUACCUACAGCACGAAGAAGUUCAAUAGUCCACUCCAGUUUGUAGUUUACUUGCGGAGCAGAAAGUGAUAAAUACAAACAACCAUCACUCUCCCCGUCUCUUCGAACUUAUCAGCGUCAUUGUGCGGAAAAUGUCAUUAGAUCAUAAGGCCAACUUUUCUCUACUAAUAUAAACAACUCCGGUGACCAGUUUCUCCAUCCACUCAAUUUCGGCCUACUUUCCUUAUUUGAGUUCCUAUUAUCUUUUUCAAACUUUUGAAUUUUCCGAAUAAUGUCGCACCACGGACAUAACGGACAUCACGACUUCAACCAUCAUGGACAACACAAGGGAUAAUCGUGUGGGAGCGGAAUGACAGCCUGAAAGAUAUUAUUUUUGAACAAACGGUUUGGGCAGUGGAUACGGAACAACAUUAAUGUUUCACUUACAAGAAAAGGAGUGAUGCUCCGCUUUGUGUUGCUCUAUGUUGAAUGCUUGCAUUCGAAAUCGGUUAUUAAAUUAUUGAAUUAUUGAAGAACCAGGGAGUUGUCUGUCUGAAUUUUCGUUUACUGACACUUUUGCUGCACGAAUUCUGGCUUUUAGAAAUGCAUAUGAACCCAACAGCGCGCAAUCAACGUUUUGGCAAUGACCUGGGAUAUUUCUCGGCCAUGUAAUCUUCAGUAGUUUCCUUGCUCCUGGAGAAGUACGUUGAACGACAACUCGAAGUCCUCUAACAGAAACACGGCCUAUUCAUAAAUGUUGCAAGACCCGUUCUAGUAUCCAACUAACAUGGCCCGCAAAACUUCGUCGGGAUGUCGCUACUUGGAAAGAUGGGUAGGAUGGAAAAAUGAAGGGAGAGCUUACUAGGAGGAUUCGGAACGGUUGGGCGCCAUUCCACUCAGAUAAGCCUCUCUUUGACAUCAUGGACAUUAGAAACAAGAUACUUCUUCUAAAGCGAAUGUUUUCACACCGGAAUAUCUGGCUAGAAACUCGACUGCAGCAGGUUCCUCCUUUAGAAGAAACUCAGAUGGGCUUGCCACGUGGCACGAAAAAGAAACCUGGUUCCGAAGAUCACGUGGCCUUCCUACACCGCGAUAGUUCGAAAUGGAUUGACUUUGUCCGCAGCAUGCGAGAACAAUCACACUGCUCGAAGAAACGGACCUCAAUUAACCGAGUAAGCAUUUUUUGAAGUUUUAUUCCUCUCUUAGCUUUCGAAUUUCAUUAAAUGUAAUUAAUAGUACAUAAAAUUUCAUUUCCCAGAAACCGCAUUGAAUGUUCACAGCGACGCAAUACUGCAUACAACGUACUACCACAAAUAAUUGGUUUAUUUAAUAUUUUCAAUGAUUUGUCCAAUAUACUUUUCAGCAAAUGCAUAACAUUCAUCCAUCCUCCAUUGUUGUGCAUUUCCAAUUGUGGAAUGAAUCAAUAGCGUGUGCCACGUGGGGGAAACUGCAAGGUCUCUUAUGCUGACGUGUGUUAGAGCGAGAGAGGCCAGGACGGGAGUGACGCAGACACGGCCUCAGCACAAACAGACAUUCGGCCGAUGUCCCCUUUCCCGUUGGUUAUCGACCGUUUCCGCUUUUAUUCCGCCUAUUCUCAUAGUAAAAUUCUGAAAUUACUAUUAAAAAACGAAAGAGACAUGUCGCCUGGACGAGUGUACCUGUCACCUAAAAUAGUUUAAAUGAGAAACACGAAACUAGUUCACUUGACCCACUUUUAAAGCAAUUUGUCGCUUCUAACAUUCCCUUCUCGUUUCAAUUUCCAAUGAACUUGUACUUGUUUUCAGAUAAUUAACCCGAACACGAUGACCUUAUAUCAACACGUGUUUCUCCUAUGCUCCGGGAUUGGUGAGUUAUUGUAAUCAGAAUAUUCACAUCAAUCGAUAUUUGUAGCGACCGCGCUCGCAGGGACUGCUGAGGAGGUUGCCAAGCACUUGGAGUUGGGAAGUCAGUUCCUUGCCAGAGUAAGCGCUCAAAAAACCCUAGAAAUCUGGUAAAAUAACGGAUUUUUCUUCAGGCGCAGUUCGCUGAUGCUCUCUCGCAAUACCACGCAGCGAUCGAGCUCGACCCGAGGAGUUACCAGGCAAUUUACCGACGGGCAACCACCUACUUGGCCAUGGGACGCGGAAAAGCUGCUAUUGCCGAUCUGGAAAGAGUUCUGGAGUUGAAACCCGACUUCUACGGAGUGAGAAUCGGUUUUCAAUGUGAAAUGAGACAAAUUUGCGGUUAUUUCAGGCCAGACUUCAACGAGCCAACAUUCUCCUCAAACAGGGUGAUCUUGAAGCCGCUGAAAACGAUUACAACAGUGUGGUGAGCAAAAGCAAAUACCGAAGAAGGGAGGAAAUUACCCUAACCAUGAUUCCAGCUCAACCAUGACACAUCAAACACGGAGGUGCAAGAGAAAACAGCGCUCAUCGAGCAACACCGACAGUACCGCCAUCAGAUCAAAGCUUCCUUUGCGAGCGGGGAUUGCUCGAUCGUUGAGGAGUACAUCAACCAUAUCAUUGAAAUCCAAGUCUGGGACGCGACCUUGUACAGAAUGCGCGCUAAAUGCUUGGAGGAGCGAGGAGAGCUCAAAAAGGCCAUCCACGACAUGAGAAUAGUGUCCAAACUGAGCACGGACAGCACUGACACGAUGUUCGAUACUUCCAAGUUGCUCUACACUGUCGGAGAACUCGACGAGUCACUAAAGUAAGCACUUGGUCUCAAAAAGACGUCCAUUGAAUUCUACCUUUCAGCGUUAUCCGCGAGUGUCUCAAGUUAAACCCAGAUCACAAGAACUGCUAUCCAUUCUACAAGAAGCUUCGAAAAGUGGUAAAAUCGCUCGGUACUAAAUUUCCACCCGAUAUUUAGUGUGCUUCAACUUUUUUUCUGUUCAGAAACGAUGAAGAAGAAGGUUGCCAACAGUGACUGGAUGGCCUGUCUAGAGGAGGGACAGAAGACCCUCAAAUUCGACCCGACGCCGUCAGUGCAACUUAAUGUGUUCCGGAUCACGAACAGAUGCCAGAGAGAAGCCGGUCAUGUGGAUCAGGCAAUUUCUGAGUGCAACGAGAUCCUCAAGGACGACCCUUCAGACGCCGAUAUUCUAUGCGAGAGAGCCGAGGCUUAUCUCGUGGAAGAAGACUAUGAUUCUGGUAAAUUAAAAGAUCCCAGCGUUCCAGGAGUUAAAUAAUCCACAUUUCCAGCUAUUGAGGAUUACCAAAAAGCUACUGAAGUCAACCCAGAGCACCGAGAGGCUAAGGAAGGUCUGGAGCACGCGAAACGACUGAAGACCCAGGCUGGAAAGCGUGACUACUACAAGAUUCUCGGAGUGAAGAGGAACGCUAACAAACGGGAGGUCAUCAAGGCUUAUCGCAAACUCGCACAGAAAUGGCAUCCGGAUAACUUCUCGGAUGAGGAGGAGAAGAAGAAGGCUGAGAAGAAGUUUAUCGACAUCGCCUCUGCAAAAGAAGUGCUUACCGAUGAAGGUGAGUAAAAUUGAAUGCAUCGCUGAGCAAUUGGCCGAAAGGGCUUUUCGAUUGUCAGCCUCGGUCUCGACUCUUGAACCACUUGCAAUAUUCCAAUCGGACCCAAAAUCUGUUGGCUUUUUGGACAAAAUCGGAUUAUUUAAUCUCGAGAUACAGUGGCUAAGGGGCGAUUUUGGCCAAAAUUGACUCUUGAUCCAUUUAUCUCGGGACCAGAUAAUCCAAUCUGUCUGAUACUUGUACCCAAUUUACUUCUAUCCAAGUCCAAAAAUCCAGCAGAGGUUGGGUCCGAUAGGAUCAAUGCAAGUGGUUCAAAAGUCCAGGCCAGGUUGCCCACUCUUGGAAACGGGAACUCUGAUCGGUUGAUGACAAGCAAGAAUAUCUACCUGAGAAGGAAACGGUAUCAGAUCAGUACGGAGAUUUUUGGAUGGCGUGGUUGUAUCAUUGCGAUCAACGUGAUCUGAUCAGAGGUCAGAGGCUAGAAUGAAAAAUUGACCGCCACAGAGAACAAAAUCGGAUCAAAUUGAGACGAUUUUCAUUAAGUUUCACAGAUAAAUCACAUGCGCGAAACCAUGUUUUGUGACUGAAACUGAAUUUGUUUUGUUGCAGAGAAACGCCGUCAGUUUGAUCAAGGAAUUGACCCGUUGGACCCCGAGGCUCAGAGACAAGGAGGUCAUCACGGAGGGUAAGGAACAUUGGGCGAAUAGGAGCAAACUAAAACAAGCUUCAGAUUCGGACAAGGUUUCCCUCACGGAUUCCACCACUACCAGGGUGGACACGGUGGACACGGUGGCGACUACUCGUUCAAAUUCAACUGGGGAUAA